CUGAAAUUUCAUUCGAGUGAUUGUUCUUUAUCUAAAUGAAGACAAAUUCACAUACAAUCACCCAAACUUAGUUCAGAUUUAUACUGAUUCCCAAUUACGACAACAACUCUCAAAGAUUUGACGAAAAUCACACUUAAUUUCAUCUUUAUACUAUUCUUCACGUCUCCCUUUUUCUUUUAUCCAAUUAUUUCCAUUUUCAAUUUCCCUGUAACAAUGCUGGAUAAGAGAGAUAAAGUAGAGAGAGUGAUCGCAUGUGUUUGGAUCUCAGAAACAUGGAAAAAGGGUAGACGGAGGACAAUUAUAAGGACCAGGUUCCAUGGUUACAAAAUGUUGAGCAAGUUAUGUGGGUUUUGAACAUUGCAGGUUGAGGGUUGAAGGUUUUCCUGUUCACCAUCUUGCAAUUUUUACGUAUAUACCUUCUUCCAUACUAUGGCUGAAGGUGGUGUUGUGCUUCAAACACAAAGAGAACGGAAUCUUCCGAUCUUUGUCUUCUUCAAAGAUCUUAGGCUGGUCCUCAAGAUGGACGCUCUUGGAAAGGAAAUACUUUUUAUUGCUGUACCUGCAGCCAUGGCUUUAGCUGCUGAUCCUCUUGCUUCUUUAAUUGAUACUGCAUUCAUUGGUCGUAUAGGCCCGGUGGAAAUUGCGGCUGUUGGAGUAUCUAUUGCUAUUUUCAAUCAAGUUUCAAAAGUAGCCAUAUUCCCACUUGUUAGUAUUACAACUUCCUUUGUUGCCGAGGAAGAGAGUUUAGAAAGAAUGAACAGUGAAGCAAUGAAACUUCAGAACACUGAGAAGGCUUCUACGAAUAAACAGGAGACAAGAGAAUUAACACAAGAUGAUGUCAACCUUGAAAACUUGGAAAAUGGUUCGACAGAAGAGGAUCAGAUAAAGGGGUUGGCACCAGAAAAUGGUUUCAAAACAAGCCCAUGCAAGCAUAUGACCAGUACUGACGUCUCAAAUAAGUCAAAGCUCAAAAAACUAAAGCGGAAUAUCCCUUCAGCCUCAACCGCAUUGCUGCUUGGUGCAAUUCUCGGUCUUCUUGAAACACUACUACUUGUACUUUUAGCAGAACCAUUUUUGAGUUUAAUGGGCGUGAAAUCCGGUUCUCCGAUGCUAUUACCCGCACAUAAAUAUUUGACCCUACGUGCACUUGGAGCUCCGGCAGUCCUUCUCUCUUUGGCAAUGCAAGGUGUCUUCCGUGGUUUCAAGGAUACAAGAACUCCUUUAUAUGCCACUGUUGCAGGAGAUGUCGCCAAUAUAAUUUUGGAUCCAAUUCUUAUCUUUGUCUGCAAUUUGGGAGUCAGUGGCGCAGCCAUUGCACAUGUUCUUUCCCAGUACUUAAUAUCAAUAAUUCUGUUAGUCAAAUUGAUGCAACAAGUGGACCUACUACCUCCAAGCGUCAAAGCUUUGCAGUUCAGCCGGUUUCUUAAAAAUGGUUUUCUAUUGUUGUUUAAGGUAAUAGCAGCAACUAUCUGUGUGACCUUGGCUGCAUCAUUGGCUGCGAGGUUGGGUGCCACACCUAUGGCUGCAUUCCAGAUUUGCUUACAGGUGUGGUUAACGUCUUCACUUCUUGCUGAUGGUUUGGCAGUUGCUGGACAGGCGAUAAUUGCUUCAUCAUUUGCUGAGAAGAACUAUGAGAAGGCAACAGCAACAGCAGCUCGAGUAUUACAGAUGGGAUUUGUAAUGGGUUUGGGACUAGCUCUUCUUGUUGGACUCGGGUUGCAAUAUGGAUCUGGGGUGUUCACAAAAGACAUAAAUGUUAAACACAUCAUCACCAUAGGUGUCCCGUUCGUUGCUGGCACACAACCAAUCAAUUCAAUAGCAUUCGUAUUCGAUGGAGUUAACUUUGGCGCAUCCGAUUUCGCUUAUUCUGCGUAUUCCAUGAUCCUAGUGGCUAUAGGGAGCAUCGGAUCACUAUUCGUUCUGUUCCAAGCUGGUGGUUUUCUCGGAAUAUGGGUCGCUUUAUCCAUUUUCAUGGGCUUACGUGCUAUUGCAGGCAUAUGGAGGAUGGGCACAGGCACAGGUCCAUGGUCUUUUCUUAGGAAGUAGAAGAUGGUUGUUGCUUACAGGAUUGAUAAUAAAGGAACGAGUCAUCAUCAUACGAUGUCGAAGCUCCUCAUGUAGAGUCUUAUACCUUCGUGGUUUCUUUCUUAUACGAUAGAUUUCACCUUACAUCUGUUUCCAACACUUGUUUUAAGAUCUUUCGUUUUUCAUGCAUUGUGAACUUGUAUGUUAUGCAUUGGCUGAUAGUAACGUUGUAGUUUAUACUAUCGCUCGGUGCGUAGUUUGCAAGCUUUUCAUACAUGUGUAUUAUAGAAAAAGUUGCUUACCUAGCAUCUCAAUGUACUUGGACUAUCUUCUCUUUUUGAAGUAUAUGAUGUUUA